GUGCUGAAUCAGAAGCGUGGACACGUCUUUGAGGAGAUGCAGAGGCCAGGAACACCCCUGUACAACAUCAAGGCGUACCUGCCAGUUGUUGAGUCAUUUGGAUUCUCGAGUCAGCUUAGAGCAGCAACCUCAGGACAGGCCUUCCCUCAGUGUGUGUUUGAUCAUUGGGAGAUGAUGAUGUCUGACCCAUUGGAGGCAGGAUCGCAGGCCUCAACGCUUGUGACUGACAUCAGGAAGAGAAAGGGUAUGAAGGAACAGAUGACUCCCUUGUCUGAUUUUGAAGACAAGCUGUAAGCAGCCAGCCAACAAGACUACUCGCUAUGGUCACCCCUUUCUCUCUAUCUCUACCGUAUUUUGUUUUCUGUUUUAAUGUUAUGACUUUAUCUGUGUUGCCACAUCCUCUUGAAAUACUCUUUUGAAGUUGAGAAAACUAGUUUAUCUCUGUGUGUUCGCAUGUAUUUUACUCUUUGCAUUCUCUUUUACUCUUUGCAUUCUCUUU